UCUCCGGGUCCAUCCAUUUACUGGUCAAUAGUCAAUGUCAUCGCCGGGAAGAGGCUGUGGAGAAGGAAUGUUCGUUUGAGAGUUAAGACUAUUCCCUCUCUUUGAAGCAUUCAAACUGGCUGCUAUUGACGAUAGUUUCUCUAUAAUUUAUUAUAUCUAGAGGGUUAGUUAGGGUUUUAAUGUUACUGCCAUGGAUUUCCAAAAGAGGAGGGUUCAGUUGCUCGUCUUUAUCACUGUCAUAAUUGCUCUUAGCAUCACAGGUUGGAAGAUCUAAGUUCAAAUCCCGGUGGGGGCAAUAGAGGUAGGGUUUCCCGGAGAAGAACAGCUAUGCCUGAUUGAGGGGAAAUUCUUUCUUUUAGCAUUAAUUGUAAGGAUUGAUUUAAACCUUCUAAGGUUGAUUGAGGGCAAGCCUGGAAGCGGUGGUAAAGUUGCUCUUUGUGACGAGGAGAUUAUGGGUGGAAUUUUUGUAAAGCUGAAAAAUGCAGACAGCUUAUGGGGGAGGAGGGGUCAUCCCAGAGUGGAAAGUUUACAUUCUUAAAUUGCCUUGAUAUGGGCUCUGGAACUUUAGCAUGUGCUGUCAAGGAAGGUGUGAAGCUCUAUUUUAACAAUUUUAGAUCUUCUCAUGUUGAAAGAUCAAGGCAUCUUGCAAUUGAGUCUGCCCUAGUUGACGCUAUUACUCAGGGGAUGUCCCCAACAGAUUCAGCAAAACAUGCGCAGAAAGAGGGUAAAAAGGCAGCAAAAUUGGCUUCCCGUCAAGCCAAGCGGAUUAUAGGCCCCGUUAUCUCUUCUGGAUGGGACUUUUUCGAAGCUAUUUACUAUGGUGGUACUGUCACAGAAGGAUUCCUUAGGGGCACUGGUACUUUGUUUGGUACUUAUGGUGGAGGAUUCCUUGGAGAGCAAAGGCUUGGUAGAAUUGGCUAUCUUGUUGGAAGUCACAUGGGCAGUUGGGUUGGUGGUAGAAUAGGGUUAAUGAUUUAUGAUGUCGUUAAUGGAAUGCAACUUUUGUUGCAAUUUGUUCAAACUGGCGAAAUUGAUGUUCAUAAAAAUUCUAAAGCACCUGAAAAUUCCUUUUAUGACGAAACCCCUGUUUAUGACAACUCUGAAGCUUCCGGUGUUUAUGAAUCAUCUUCAAUCGAAGAAUCCAAUGUGUAUGAAUCUACUGAACGUCAGAGCUAUGAAACAUAUGAAGAUUCUGAACUGCGAUGAAAAUUUGAAGUUCAUAUAUUGAUAUUUGCUUAAAUUUUAGUUGGAUGAUAUAUGUUUUUCUUCUUCAAUAUAGUGUAUAAAUCACUCUACAAGUGUUUUUGACAUAUAUGGACAUUACAUAGUAAAUAAUUUAUCUUCCGUAUGUUGCAUAUGCUGUGUU